CUCCCUGUGCGGAGCCCCGAGGCCCGGGUCCGUCCGGAGCUGCAGCGGCCAAAGCCCGAGUCCCUCCCGGCCGAGCUGCGCCCCCCGCCCGGCCGCGGGCCAUGAGCCUGGAGUCCCUGCGCUACCGCCGCGGCUCCCUGCGCGUCCUCAACCAGCUGCUGCUGCCGCAGCGGAGCUGCUACGAGCAGAUCGGCGGCGUGCGGCAGGGCUGGGAGGCCAUCCGGGCCAUGCAGGUGCGAGGCGCCCCUGCCAUUGCCAUCGUGGGGUGCCUGAGCCUGGCAGUGGAGCUGCAUGGCGGGGCCGGCAUGGGGCAGGGCAAGGCUGGCCUGGAGACCUUCAUCCACGACUCCCUCCGCUACCUGGUGACUGCGCGCCCUACGGCUGUGAACAUGGCGCGGGCGGCUGAGGAGCUGGGGGCUUUCACUUCCCAGGAGGCCCAGCGUGAGGAGGUCACAGCUGAGAGCCUGCGGGAGAGCGUCAUCCAGUGGGCAGAGGCCAUGCUAGAGAAGGAUCUGCGAGACAACAGGAGCAUCGGGGAGCACGGGGCACGCCACCUGCUCCAGGCAUCACCGCAGGACAAGGUGACAGUGCUGACCCACUGCAACACCGGUUCCCUGGCCACCGCUGGCUAUGGCACCGCGCUGGGGGUCAUCCGCUCUUUGCACGCCCUGGGUUGUCUGGCACACGUCUACUGCACGGAGACGCGGCCGUACAACCAGGGGGCGCGGCUGACGGCCUACGAGCUGGUGUACGAGCACAUCCCGGCCACGCUCAUUGUGGAUAGCAUGGUCUCUGUGGCCAUGAAGGAGAAGGGCGUGUCGGCUGUCGUCGUGGGAGCCGACCGGGUGGUGGCCAACGGCGACACCGCCAACAAAGUGGGCACCUACCAGCUGGCCAUCGCUGCAAAGCAUCAUGGGAUCCCCUUCUACGUGGCGGCCCCUAGCACCUCAUGUGACCUGAGCUUGGCAGAAGGGGCUGAAAUCGUGAUCGAGGAGCGGCCGAGCCAGGAGCUGACGGACGUCAAUGGAGUGAGGAUCGCAGCGCCAGGGAUCGGCGUUUGGAACCCGGCCUUCGAUGUCACGCCGCAUGAGCUCAUCACUGGGGGCAUCAUCACGGAGCUUGGUGUCUUCUGCCCUGAAGAGCUCCGAGAGGCCCUCACCCGAGCAGUGAAAGGAGAGUGAACCCCUUGGGCCAAUAACUGCCCUGACUCGGACUACGGGAGAGAGACCUGGCUUUCCCUCCACAGAGACCAGACUCUGUGUGUGCCGGGGUAAUACAUCCCCUGCCUGGCUCUGUUUUACACGCUGUUAAUAAAUCCCCAUCGCCUUUGACCA